AUGGAGGUGAUUGAUUUUUCGGAGACGGAGAUGGAAGCAGCGGAGCAGCUAGUGCAAUUGAGCGAGGAUGAUACGUUGAGCUGUAGCAGCGGUACAGGCUUGAGCGUUAGCGGUUGUGAAGGCGGAUUCCAUAGGAAGAGACACAGCGAUGUUAUUAGUGAUGAGGUGCAAAACGACGGCGUUGUACGUACGACGAUGAAUAACAAUGCUACAGACGCUCAAUGUUUUGUGAAGGCAAUCACGGAGACGAACAUAAUAAGGAGGAGGUAUAAGAAGAAAAAGUUUCGGUCUCUUGCGAGUCUUUACAGGGCAACGAAGGAGAUGACGACGGACGAGUUGAUCUAG